AAUGAGAAGGUCACAAUAACGGGGAUUCAUUCGUUUUUUUUUUUUUUUUCUAUUGUGAAAGGUUGAGAAAACACCACACUUUUAACAUUUAAAUCAAAACUUCUUUUUUUAUGUAAAACACAUAUAUUUCUUUUCAACCCCUUCCGCACUAACCACCUACUGCCCCCUAAUUUUUUUUUUGAUCAUUAUUAUUUUUCUUUGUGUGUAAUUUCUCUAUAUCUAAAAAAAAUCUUAUAUCUCGAUGGAAGGCCAUGAUAAUAUUCUCGACUCUUAUGAAUCCACAGAAAACGCAUUAAUGGACUCAUUUAAAGCAGCAGCGUUAAAAGUCACAACACUUUACAAGGAUUCACUUGUUCAGAACCGAAAAGCUUACGCUGCCGGAUACCAACAAGCGUUACAAGACCUCUAUGAAUUUAUCAGUACACAACCAGAAAAUGGAUAUAUUCCAGUGGGAGACGUCUUGGCAUUUGCUCGACAAAAGAAUAACCAAUUGACGGUGGAAAUGGGUUACUCAACACCACCUACCGUCAGCACUACUCGACCCCAGCAGCAACAGCAACAACAGCAGCAACAACAGCAGCAACAACAACAGCAACAACAACAAAAGCUCUUAAACCCGUUCCAAAUUGAUCCUCAAAGCCAAUUCACAUUUACACAGGAUGUUCCGUUCAAUUUAUGGGAUCAAGCAACGGCGACCGCUCAUGAAGGUAAAAGACGAGUGUUACCCAACGAGGUUUCUUUCAUGGGAAGAUCUUUAAAUAUGGAUAAUGGACAUGAACCACCUUUUAAAAGAGUUCGAGCGAGACGUGAUGAACAGUUUCAA